AUGCCCGACUGGCGGGGCACCGCGUCGGUGCUGCGGCGCCUGCUGCAGAGCGAGCGCGGUGGCCUCGGGUCCGUCUGCCACCUCGAGCGGCGCCACUGGCCAGCCCUGGACGAGGCCCUCGAGGGAGGAGGAGUGGGGCUCUUCUCCGGCUGCCUCGCGCUGCGCGGGGCGGACGGCGAGCGCCAGCCGUGGCGGGGAGGCCUUGCCGUGGCGCUACUCUGCACGUGGCUUGCGCUUGUCGCCUACAACAUCGUCUACGCCACUCGGCGCCGAGGCGGCCACGGCGCAGAGGGCAGGACGGAGGCUGGAGCGGCAGCGACGUCCGCCGAAGAGGAGGUGCCGCGGCCUCCACCGCCGAAGGGCAGGUGCCAGACCGCGGCUCGGUGCGAGAUUUGGGACGCCACCAAGUUUCUGCUGAUGACUGGCGUGAUCUUCUUCAAGGGGAACGAAGAAUAUCUCAGGGACUGGACCGUGUCCCGGGCGGCUCUGCGGCCGGUGGUGCCCUGCUUCAUCUUCGUGUCGGGCGUCUUCGGAACCAGCGUCUCGCUCCAGGCCUUGGUGAAAGCCCUCUUCUAUCCCUGGCCGUGCGUGCUAGUCAUGGGGGCCAUAUUCUCAGCACGCUGCCUCGAUGAGCGUCUCGUGUCCGCCACGGCGGGCUUCAACGGCUUCGCGUUCUGGUACUUGUGGUGCAUGUGCUUCUGGCGGUUGGCGGUGUCCACGGUCAUGCACGCGGGGAACCGCAAGCUGGGGCUGCCUGUCGUCUUCCUGCUCCUGGCGCUGCAGCUGCUCGUCCACGCGCUGCUGAACACGGCUGGGUCGCUCGCUGGGCCCUGGAACGACGUGUGGCGGUGCUUCCUGUUCUACGCGCCGGUGUUCGCCGCUGGGCAGCUCGUCGAGCCGAGCUUCUGGAAGGACACCUUCGCGGAGAGGCGGCGGGCGGCGGCCACCGCCGCGGCCUCCGUGGCGUUCGUGGUGCUGUGGUACCUGCUGCUCGCGGCCUCGCCCGCGUUCGGGCGGUGGAACACGGCAUACUGCAUAGACGAGGAGACGUGCAGCAUGGGGAACUACGGCAUCCCGCACGACGUGCUGCACGAGCCCAUCAGCGAGGCGGGCCUGGGCGAGAACGUGGCGGUGCUCGCGCUGCGGCUCGGCAUUGUCCUGGCCUACCUGGGCGUGCUCGGCGCAGGCCUCCGCGUGCUCGGGGCGGCCAGCCCCGGCCUGGCGGCGUGCCUCGCGGGCUGGGGGGAGCGGUCCGUGUUCGCCUACGUGCUGCACCACCUGUGGCUCGAGCUGAUCCCGGGGGCGGCCGAGCUGCUCGACGCGGCCCCCGCGGCGUGGAGGCCCGCCCUGUGCCUCGCGCUGGCCACGCAGGCGACCGUCGUGCUGUCCUCCGGGGGCACGGCGAGCCUGGCGCGGUGGCUGGUCAUCCCCCCGUGGCUCUGA